GUUGAUCUUGAUGUCAGGUGCAGUGUGUAAUAUCGCAGGCGUCUAUGCUAUAUGUACAUUAGAGGUUAAGUGAAAUUCGAUUUUGAUUGAUCUGUAAACGUACGAUGGAGCUGGGUCAAGAGGACGAUCAAGGCGGACUGCGCGUCGACGGCAGACGCGCGUUGGAAUUAAGACAGAUCCGUAUGCGAAUGGGAGUAUUCGGGCAAGCCGACGGCAGUGCGUACAUAGAGCAUGGCAACACGAAGGUUCUAGCCACCGUGUAUGGUCCUCAUCAGUCAAGAAGCAGCGCGUCGAGGAGCAGCACGAAGGCUACCGUAAAUUGCCAGUACAGCAUGGCCGUGUUUAGCUUCACUUCCGGUGAACGAAAGCGAAGACCCAGGGGAGAUUGGAAAUCGCAGGAGAGAUCGGUGCAGUUACGCCAUGCCAUGGAGGCCAUAAUACACUUGGAACUGUAUCCGCGCUCUCAGAUCGACGUCUUUGUGGAGGUCCUACAGGUCGACGGUAGCGACUAUUGUGCAUCCGUGAAUGCCGCGACGCUUGCAUUAGUCGACGCUGGAAUUCCGAUCAAGAAUUAUGCUAUCGGCUGUUCUGUAACUCUCGUCAACAAGCCGUCAACAGAAGAUGAAGAUAAGACAUUAGCGACGGGAGUACUAGACGCGAACUUUGUAGAGGAAUGUUCGCCAGGAGUUACCUUGUCCGUUGUCGCGUUGCCGGGAACGAACAGUGACGUUGAAGCGAAUGGGAGUGGUUUAAUAGUAAUAGCACAUGGGGCAGGGCAGAGAUUGCAUUUGUCACGUUUGGAAGCACUCAAGUACCGCGCAUUAAAAGGUUGCCAGGAUAUAAAGAACAUAUUGGAUCGUGGUGUGAGGCAUCAUUUAACUGCGAAUCUACUGCCUUCUUUUCUACAAAAUUCGCUUGACUAGUGGAAAAGGGGAUGAUCUCACUCGGGACUCUUAGAGCUUAUGUAAUUUAAUAGUCUUAUAAUAAUCUUAAACAAUCAUGUAUAUACACAAUCUAAUAAAAAAUUACUUU